AUGUCAAUGGAUUAUGAUUACCCACCUCAAGAGAGGCAAUAUGGAGAUAACGUAAUUGCCUUUAACGGCCGUGACGAAGUCCAUCAGCAACAACAACAGCAAGAAGAGGGUUAUUAUGAAGAAGAAGAACAGCAACAACAAGGGGGAGAAAUAGGUAGUGGAGGAAUUGAGAGAAAUCAAUCAAUGAUGAAUCAUCAUCACAAUCGUGACUCUUCUUCUGCAGGAAAACUCUUUGUUGGUGGUGUCUCCUGGGAAACUAACGAAGAAACUUUCACUAGUUACUUUAGCAAGUAUGGAGAAGUCAUGGACUCUGUAAUAAUGACGGAUAGACAUUCUGGAAGGCCACGAGGGUUUGGCUUUGUAACAUUUGCUGACCCUGCAGUCGCUGAUAGGGUUUUGGAGGAAGACCAUGUUAUAGAUGGCAGAGCGGUGGAAGUGAAGAGGACAGUUCCAAGGGAAGAUAUGGAGGUUAAAGGAGUAAUGAGAACAAAGAAAAUUUUUGUUGGUGGAAUACCACCAUCUUUGACUGAAGAUGAGUUAAAGGAAUACUUCUCUGUUUAUGGUAGCAUUGUUGAUCACCAGAUUAUGCUAGAUCAUAAGACUGGAAGGUCUAGGGGAUUUGGGUUUGUCACAUUUGACAGCGAAGAUGCUGUUGAACGAAUCUUUUCAGAGGGCAGAACACAUGAGCUUGGUGGUAAACAGGUGGAAAUAAAAAAGGCUGAACCAAAGAGAACUGGUGGUGAUUAUGGUAGUGCACCAAAGUCUUAUGCUGGUGGUUUCGGCAAUGGUGCUGGGGGUUUCGGUGCUGGCAAUAGUUCAGCAGGUCGUUAUGGUCGAAAAAUGGGCAGAGGAUAUGGUGGGUAUAGUGGCUAUGAUGGUUAUAGUGGGUAUGGCAGUUUUGGGGGAAGCUAUGCUGGAAGCACUGCUGGUUUUUACGGAGGUUAUGGUGCAUAUGGUUAUGGUUUUGGGUUUGGUGGGCCAAUGAUGUAUGGACCUGGUGUAUAUGGAGGAAGUGGUUAUGGCACUCCAAGUGCAUACAACAACGCUGCUGAGUAUGUAGGUGGUAAAGGAUAUGGGAGAACUGGUGAUGGUGAUAGUUUUGGCAGCAGUAGAAGAUAUGGUAAUGGUGAUGCUGUUAGCGGUGGCUAUGGUGGUAAUAAGGGGUAUGGAGGCAGUGCAAAUGGUGGUGCUGCUGUUACCGGAAGGUAUCAUCCUUACCGGAAGUUGGAUUUUGCAGUGCUUGGUCGUAGCAGUGGCAGAAGCCUAACUGAUGACAAUGAUGAUGAUGUUCUUGGGGCAGUGGCAGCCUUGUUGUUAGAAUACAUCAUCAUUUUGUUUAAACAUGUUUUUGGUGUAUUACUGUAUCUAACCAAACCCUGUUCUGAAUUUGCAGCCGAUGGCUCUCCAACUACUGUUGGCUUUCUAGGCCUUGGAAUUAUGGGUUCUCCAAUGGCACUGAAUCUCAUAAAAUCUGGGUGUGAUGUGACUGUUUGGAAUAGGACCAAGAGCAAAUGUGAUCCUUUCGUCAGCUUGGGUGCAAAAUAUAAGCCUUCUCCUGAGGAAGUAGCUGCAGCCUGUGAUGUCACAUUUGCGAUGCUUGCUGAUCCUGAAAGUGCAUUGGAGGUUGCACUUGGAAAGCAUGGAGCUGCUAGCAGUAUGGGUCCAGGAAAAGGGUAUGUGGAUGUUUCAACUGUUGAUGGUGGCACUUCUAAAUUGAUUAGUGGACAUAUCAAAGCUUCCGGGGCAUCAUUUUUGGAGGCUCCUGUUUCUGGCUCUAAAAAGCCGGCAGAAGACGGGCAACUUAUAUUUCUUACUGCAGGUGACAAAUCUCUGUAUGAAACAACUGCUCCAUUCUUAGAUAUCAUGGGGAAGUCAAGAUUUUACCUUGGGGAAGUUGGAAAUGGGGCUGCAAUGAAACUUGUUGUCAACAUGAUCAUGGGCAGUAUGAUGGCAACCUUUUCUGAAGGAUUGCUUCUCAGCGAGAAAGUAGGAUUGGACCCAAAUGUACUGGUUGAGGUAGUGUCACAGGGUGCCAUUAGCGCACCAAUGUACGCGCUGAAAGGUCCAUCAAUGAUCAAAUCCCUAUACCCCACUGCCUUUCCCUUAAAGCAUCAGCAGAAGGACAUGAGACUUGCCCUGGGAUUAGCAGAAUCUGUUUCCCAACCCACUCCAAUUGCAGCAGCUGCAAACGAACUAUACAAGGUAGCAAAAAGUCAUGGGCUAAGUGAUAGUGAUUUUUCAGCGGUGAUCGAAGCACUGAAAGCAAAAUUGCAGUCCUGA